UGUCGGAUGCUUUCAACACUCGACAAUGGCUACAACCGAAUCAGAGUAGUAUAUAUGUACUAUAUUAUACGCUCAUUAUUUUUCAACUAUUGAACUAUAUAGUGUAUACACUGUAUACGAUUGCAGAACUACAGAAAUCCAAAACUUUUUAUGUUAUCAGUGUAUUAUAGAUGGAAAUUAUACAUUUAAGUAAUUUAACAGCGACAUUUGGUUUUUUCAUACUGAUCGCUUAUUUAUCACAAACACAAAAAACAACUCGAUGAUUGUUUAUUGAAAAUUUGUACAUGAAAUAAUCAGAGGUUCUUGAUCAUUAUUGAAAAAAUCCAUCUAAAAUGGCGAAAUCGAUAAGUCAUUUGAUUGCAGAUAUUGAAUAUAUUCACCAGUUGGUAUAUGAUUUAAAAUUAAAUGAAUUACAACAAAUUUUGGAAGCUGUUAAGCAAAACAAAUCUGGUAGCAAACAAUCUUUACGUAAGCGUGUUUUAAACUUAUUAACUGCUCCUACAUCAAAAACAAAAGUUUUGAAACAAAAAAUUGUACAAGUCUACAACUCUAGACCACAACAAAAUCGACCACCACAAUUAUCUCCGCAGACGCCAGUUGUACAACCGCAUGAUGUAUUUCAACGGUUUUCACGGCAAACGCCUCAUAGUCAAUCUUUUACAACACCGAGACUAAAUCCCGUUCAACCUUUUGUCGAAGCUCCAAAUCCAGCUAUCCCACAACAAGAAUUUGAAGACUUACCAUUCUUUAAAACAGUACAAACAUUAUUAAUGCCUAUGUACUGCCAGACUAAUAUUGAAUCUGCUAAUUUUACUGGACUAUUUUAUUUAACUGAUAAUAUAAGACAUUCUAUUGUUAAGUCAUGGAAUAUUUCCAGACAAGAAUACAAAAUCCAAAUAAUUUUAAGAUUAGUACAAGUUGGACUUAAUGAAAAUGUUACUGAACGUUUACCUUACAAUAUUACAGUUUCUGUAAAUGAUCGUCAAUGUAAGUUGCCUACAUUGAACAUCCCUACAAAAGCUGGAAUCACACCAUGGCGAUGCAAUGUUCCUAUAGAUAUUACUCAGCAAACUGAUUUAAGAAACUGUUUACAGAACACAUUAAAAAUUACAUGGUCAGAAGAACCACACGAAUAUUUAGCUGGUGUUUAUGUGGCUCAAAAACUAACUUGGAAUGAUCUUCUUGUUGAACUUAAAAAAAGACCAGUACGUCCCUCUAAUAAAACUAAAGAACUCAUUAAAAAAUCUAUGGAAAAUGAUGCCGAUAUGGGCGUAGAUUCCAUGUUUGCUACUGUUAAGGAUCCAUUAACUAAACUAAGAAUGAAACUUCCUGCUCGAGGUGUAGACUGUAUACAUUUACAGUGUUUUGAUGCAAUACAAUUCUUACAAAUGAAUGAACAAAAGCAAACCUGGACAUGCCCAUUGUGCAAGAAAAAGAUUAAAUUUGAAAACAUUGAAGUUGAUGAAUUUUUUUUAAAUAUGCUUGAAAGUCCAAAUUUAAGUGAAGAAUGUGAAAAUGUUAUUUUAUUAAAAGAUGGGACAUGGUCUGAGAGAAAAAAUAAAGAAUUUUCAAACAAUUCUAGAGCAAACAACUGUCGAUCUACAAAUAAUAUAGAAGUGUUUACAUUGUCAGAUUCUGAUGAUGAUGAUGAUGAUGAUGAAGAGAUUUUACCAAAAUCAAAACGUUUAAAAUGUAAUUCACCAAAAUUUGAAGAAUCUGUAAUAAAAUCUGAGCAUAUUGAUGAAACUGAAAAUAUCACAAGUCCUUCUGAAAGUGAUCUUAUAUUAGAUUUGAGUCUUAAAAAUAAUUCAACAUUGUCAGCUUCAAGUAGUUCUAAGUAUGAACCAAUUAUUACGUUAAAUGACGAUUCUAAUCCAUCAACUUCAACCGAUUCAAAGUAUGAACCAGUUAUAAUAAGUGAUGAACUUGAUUCAUUUAGUGAAUCAUCCCGUAUGUUAAAUAAUUGUUAUCUCCCAAGUAUUUCUAUCCCAGGGUCCAAUAAUAGUGUAGCAAGUAGCUCUGGAAGUAGUAGAAGUAAUAGACAUCAAGAAAAAGAUAAAUCAAGAUCAGUUUUAUGUGUUAUAACAUUAGAUUAAACUAAUGUAUUUCUGCUCUUAUCUUAAAUUGUAUAUAAUUGCCAUGUUAAAUAACUUGUUUUCAAAAGAUAUUGUACAACUGGUAAAAAUUGUUUUAUAUCUUUACAAAACCAAAUAAACUGUGAAUAAUUAAUAUUCUUAACAAUGUAUAUUAUA